AAGUCAAGUGCUUGAAGUUUGCUAUGCAUGCUGGUCGCGAACUCGCGGUCAAUGGCAUUGCGAUUGUGUUCAGUUAUCAGUUCACUCUUUGAAAGAUUAAAACAAGAUAAGAUAAAUAAAAGGCACAUUUUUUUCAUUAUGUAAAUUCCACGAGCUAAUCUCUCAAUAAAUAUAUCAGACAUGCCUACAAAGACACGUUUAUUUUCUUUUUGUGUUUCAUUAUUUCAAUAUUAAUCCUAUUGACUGCCCUUCCGUGUUUGGAAUUAAAAGACCAAAUUUCACCGAUGGUGCAACAAAAUAAUAAAUAUAUCUAGAAAAAACACAUAUCAAGACCUUGUCAACUUUACGAUGACGAUUAGGUCAAAACUAUACAGUUUAACGCGUCUUUCCAGUGAAUGGCUGAGAAUUUGUCCUUUCAUGAAUCAUGAUCAAGCUUGUUAAGUGAUAAGUUGAGUUUUUAUUUUUUUACCCCGUAAUUUAAAUGAUUUUAGCCUCUCUCUUUGACUCUUUAGAUACCUUUGAGCUAACACAAACGAAUCUUUCCUUGUAGCUAAGAAUUAAGAUAACCCUUGAAGACUGUCAUUUUGCCUGUAGGCAAUACCCCUCUAUAUAAACUAUGAUUUUUAAUGUAUAUUUGCAAGUGUAGAAGCAUAUCGUACGGACAUGCAGGUAUAAAAUUAUGACAAGAGGAAACAGUUUUACAUGAAUGAAAUGGUACCAGAACAUCUUUAUAGGAUUGGAAUUUGCCAAAAUUAAUAUAUUUCAGUCUCAUUCUGAUUUAGAAGAUGCUCAGAGUGAGUGUGAAUUGAUGCGAAGUGCAUAUUGAACUGACGAAACAGUUCGUUUGCAUAUCAUUUCGGCUCAUCAUUAAAAUAUGAUGAACGGAGUGACGAUAAUCCUGAGUUAUCCUGCAAUUUCUUAAUGUAAUGAUUAGUAAUAAGGCAUCCAGCAGAUAUUAGUUACGAGUAUAUUACGAGAUGUCUUGAUGUCAGCCACGGAAAGUGAUAUAAGAAAAGCUCUGGCAAGACGCCAUAAAUACUUGAAAUACUAAAGGUCAAUAGGUGCGACCUGAGGUGUUUUGAAAAAUUUUCUUCACUUCCGAUUAAUCUGCUUUCAAACAGAGAGACACAGCUUGAAACCACGCAACUACGACAAGCACUUCAUGGCGUACUAAAGUUGUCUAAAUUUUGUCUAUUCAUUUCUUAAUAAUCUCAGGAGAACCAUAUCAAGAUAUUAAGAAGACGCCAAGCUAAACUCAAGAUAGAAAGUCUUCCUAAGCAUAUGGUUUAAAGGCUAAACAGACCUGCGACGUGAUGGAACAAAGAAUGAAGAUGAAAGAACUGAAUGAAUUCAUAACAUGUGGCAUUUGUUCUGGGUAUCUUAUCAAUGCAUCGACAGUCACAGAAUGUCUUCAUACAUUUUGUCGUAGUUGUAUUGUGAAACACUUAGAAGAAAACACGCACUGUCCAAAAUGCGAAAAGGUCAUUCACCAUAGCCAUCCAAUGAAUUAUUUAAGAUUAGAUAGAACAAUGCAAGACGUAGUUUAUAAACUGGUCCCUGGUUUACAAAACAGAGAGAAAAAGAGGGAAGAAAAAUUCAAAAGAAAAGCCAGUUCUACUGCAAAAACUAAAGUUGAAGGUACAACGAAAAGCCACAAUUCUUCAGUAAACAAAUCCAAACGCAAAUCAAAAGUAGAAAAUGAUUAUCACAGAAAUGAUGAACAGGUUGCAAUCUGUCUGGAGUGCCAGAGGUUGCCUGAGCACAAGAGAUCAAUACAGCCACUGAAAAGAAAAUACCUGAGAUUGUCUUCUCAAGCAACUGUACAGAUUCUACGAAAAUAUCUUGCGAAGAAAUUGAAAUUAAAAAGUCAUACAGAUAUAGAUAUAUUUUGUAACGAAGAACUCCUUGGAAAAGAUCAUACGUUGAAGUUUAUCGUUCUCACUCGAUGGAAGUUUAAGAAAGGACCACUGAUGCUUCACUAUAGAUCAAGUCUCAAACUGGUUUGAAUCGUCAUUCAGUCAUACGACAUUCUUGCACUGUAGUAAUAUUAUAGAUAGGAAUAUUUAAAUCUUUUUAUUUACCACAACAGAUGAAAAAUAUUUGGGUUGGGUAUGAAAAUAAAGACAGCUGGGUUAAUGAAGUACAAUUUUC